UCAUCAUCAUCAUCAUCAUCAUCAUCAUCAUCAUCAUCAUCAUCAUCAUCAUCAUCAUCAUCAUCAUCAUCAUCAUCAUCAUCAUCAUCAUCAUCAUCAUCAUCAUCAUCAUCAUCAUCAUCAUCAUCAUCAUCAUCAUCAUCAUCAUCAUCAUCAUCAUCAUCAUCAUCAUCAUCAUCAUCAUCAUCAUCAUCAUCAUCAUCAUCAUCAUCAUCAUCAUCAUCAUCAUCAUCAUCAUCAUCAUCAUCAUCAUCAUCAUCAUCAUCAUCAUCAUCAUCAUCAUCAUCAUCAUCAUCAUCAUCAUCAUCAUCAUCAUCAUCAUCAUCAUCAUCAUCAUCAUCAUCAUCAUCAUCAUCAUCAUCAUCAUCAUCAUCAUCAUCAUCAUCAUCAUCAUCAUCAUCAUCAUCAUCAUCAUCAUCAUCAUCAUCAUCAUCAUCAUCAUCAUCAUCAUCAUCAUCAUCAUCAUCAUCAUCAUCAUCAUCAUCAUCAUCAUCAUCAUCAUCAUCAUCAUCAUCAUCAUCAUCAUCAUCAUCAUCAUCAUCAUCAUCAUCAUCAUCAUCAUCAUCAUCAUCAUCAUCAUCAUCAUCAUCAUCAUCAUCAUCAUCAUCAUCAUCAUCAUCAUCAUCAUCAUCAUCAUCAUCAUCAUCAUCAUCAUCAUCAUCAUCAUCAUCAUCAUCAUCAUCAUCAUCAUCAUCAUCAUCAUCAUCAUCAUCAUCAUCAUCAUCAUCAUCAUCAUCAUCAUCAUCAUCAUCAUCAUCAUCAUCAUCAUCAUCAUCAUCAUCAUCAUCAUCAUCAUCAUCAUCAUCAUCAUCAUCAUCAUCAUCAUCAUCAUCAUCAUCAUCAUCAUCAUCAUCAUCAUCAUCAUCAUCAUCAUCAUCAUCAUCAUCAUCAUCAUCAUCAUCAUCAUCAUCAUCAUCAUCAUCAUCAUCAUCAUCAUCAUCAUCAUCAUCAUCAUCAUCAUCAUCAUCAUCAUCAUCAUCAUCAUCAUCAUCAUCAUCAUCAUCAUCAUCAUCAUCAUCAUCAUCAUCAUCAUCAUCAUCAUCAUCAUCAUCAUCAUCAUCAUCAUCAUCAUCAUCAUCAUCAUCAUCAUCAUCAUCAUCAUCAUCAUCAUCAUCAUCAUCAUCAUCAUCAUCAUCAUCAUCAUCAUCA